AUGGCAUCAUACCUCUCAAGCAUCAUUGUGCUCUGGUUUCCCUUUUCUCAGUUUAUGUUAUGCCUGGAGCACGAGUACGGAGCGUUCUUCUUGAAGGGCAGGGCCUCCACACUCGAGAUAUUCCGCACUAAAGAUGAGGACUCCAUCAUAAAUGGGAGCAAGCCCACAAAGCCUUUCUUCCGUCUGCGUCACGGGGAAUCAGCAGAGUUUGAUGUCAUUUUCAAACCCACCCUGGCUCAACGUCUGGAAGGGGAGAUUCGUCUGUUGUUGGCGGACGCCUGCUCUAACAAGAUCCUAGUAGAGCUGGUGGGUGAAGGCCACAGAGACAGAUUCUACUUCAGAGGACUAAAGGAAGACACAGAGGAAAGGGAUGCUAAGAGCAGCCUGAAUAAAGAUAUCAUUGAUGCUAUCAGAGUGAAUCACAUGGACUUUGGGCACUGUCCUGUCGGGAAGUGCUGCCACAGGACCUUCUCCAUCAGGAACCGCACCCAGCACCAGUUCCUGCGCUUUGAAUGGGAGGCAGACGGCCCAUUCCACAUCUCCCCCAAGGUGGGACACCUCCGUCCUCGCCGUUCCAAGAAGAUCAGAGUGUCCUUCAAAUCAAAUGUCCCAGUCACCUACAGGAGGCACCUUGUGAAAUGUAAGGUGACCAAGAUCGAGUUUCAGCUGCCACCAAGGAAGGUUCCGGACUGGGAUGACCGAAACUGCAUUGUCACGUGGAAGAGUACCCCCACGAAAGACCCAGGAGACAAAUUCUAUAAAAUGCAGAAGAUGGUUGAGCCAGUCCCAGAAACGGAUCACAUUGAGGUGGAGGGUAGCAGCCAGGAGGCCGAGGUGUGCUUCAGUGCUUCUGUGGCCUACACCCAGCUGAAGACGAACACCAUCGUGGUUCAGUUCAAGGACACCUUGCCCUUCCAGACAAGGACAGCCACUUUCAGAAUUCACAACACAGGGAAGGUACCUCUGGAAUACUACUGGGAGGAACCUACAGCUAGUAAACCAGUGAAGAAGGGAUACUCAGUCGCUCUGAUGCGUCGGUUCCUCUCCUCUAAAAUUGUAAAGCAUCGCAGAAAGCUGCUGCGUCGUUACUGGCGGCGGCUGGCCCGUCCUCCUAAAGUGCGGCAGUGGCCUGACAAGAAGCAGCAGCAUUCCAAGUGGUGGCAGCAGCUGCAGGAUCAGCAGCAGGAUUCCAAGCAGCAGCAACCUUCUAAGCAGCAGCAGCUUUCUGAGAAGGAGCAGCUGGAUUCCAAGCAGAAGAAGAGUUCCAAGAAGCAGAGCCGCUCCAAGGAACAGCAGCAGCCUGAGGAGCAGCAGCCUGAGCAGCAGCAGCCUGAGCAGCAGCAGCCCGAGGAGCAGCAGCCCGAGGAGCAGCAGCCCGAGCAGCCAGCCCCUUCCAAGAAGAAGAAAAAGACAAAGCAUGUCUCUCUGCAGCAUAGCAGUUCCUCCAUGGAAAUCUUCCCAGAUCUGACCGAUGAAACACCGGCAGCACUGUUCUCCAUCGACCCCUACCGCGGCACCCUCGCUCCUGGCCAGAUGCAGACCUUCCACGUGCGCUUCUCCCCGAAGGCUGUGGGCAGGUUUAAGACCAUCAUGGUGUGCAGGAUUCCUAAGCUGAGGCCAAGUCAGAAGAAGGUGCGGCUGAUUUUGAGAGGCAGGGCCCGGGACAAGAAGAAGAUGAGGUUUGGUAAACCCAAACGCUCGGCGUUACGGCAGGCAGAGGAGAGCCCGAAGCCCAAGAAGAGGGUGCACUGGAAACUGCCCCCUGAGUGAGAGCGUUUGUGUCAGCUGGAGCCUCCACAGGAGCCAGCAGCACCGUGCCUUCUGCUGCUGGUGGUCUCCCACCCUUCACCAGAGACCUCCGCAGCUACCCUUCCAGUGAACACC